AUGGUGUCGCUUAACGGUAGCGACGAGUGGUUCUUCUUCGCGUCGCGCGACAGAAAGUACCUCAUGGGCACGCGCGCCAAUCGGAUGACGUCUUCCGGCUACUGGAAGGCCACGGGGAAAGACCGCCCCGUGUACGCCUCGCGCAAGGAGGGGAACGAAUCCCAAGGCGGCCGGGAGGAGCACGAGUCCGUUAAAGAUGCCAAAAGCGGGCGCAUUGUUGGGUAUAAGAAGGGCCACGUAUUCUACAAAGGCAGGGCGCCGCGGGGGGAGAAGACGGCGUGGGUGAUGCACGAGUAUCGCCUUGUAGAGCCCAGUGACGACCCGGACUCGCUGAUCGGCAGUACCGUUGAGGAAGCUUCGCUUGGUGGUGGCGUCAGUGGCAAGUCAACUGAGGGCGGUAAAAAAGCGGCAGCGUCGGGACGCGCGGGAGUUCCUCCCCCGGCAACACCGCGACAGAAGCAGCAGCAACAGCUACUGCAGCUUCAGCAGCAGCAGGGGACGUCCACGUGGGUGGUGAUUCGCCUCUACAAGCGCGACUCGAUCCCGUUUCAGGGCGACGCGGCGAAGCGAAGCAAGCUGGGCAGCCUGAGGAAGGGACUUUCAUCACCGCACCAUGCCAAGUCGAUGUCCCUGCCGUCAUCUCCGCAGGAACUCGCGUCCGCCGCGCGCAAGUCGUGGCCCGCUUCAGACUCCCUCGAUGAUGGUGUGGAUGCGGAAUCUGCGGAGGAUGACGUAACCGCUGAGGAAAGUGAGGGGGUCAUUGCGGCGCCUGUCGCGUAUGGCGAAGGAUGCAGUAACGCGGAUCCACUGCAUGGCAGUAGAGUCGUGGCGCGGGUGACUACCGCGAGUUCUGACAUCGUCGGCAGGCACAGCAAGGAUGGUGCAUUCUCCGGAUAUGACGGGAGAAACAGUGGAGCGAAAUGUGCGGGGGAGGACAAUAUUCGGAUGACGAGGAUUGACAGUGACGGAGGGAGCUUACCUGACAGUGGACUCUUCUCAACGGUACUACGAAAUGCGAACGCGCAGCCACAACCCAUUCCUAUCACUGCAAGUGGCAGCAGCGAAAACCCACCGACCUGGAGCUAUCACGGGCCAGCGCCGGUGGCUCGAGUGCCAUCGGCUCACACCAUUGCGUCUCUUGAAGCGCUUCUGCUAGCAGAUGAUAAUGCCGAUGUCACGGUGGAAAAUGUGAGCCACGACGCGAUGACGUGGACCCCCCAUGACGUGUCCCAUCAGGUGGAUGUGGCCCAGGAUGCGGCUUGGUGGUCCACACCCACGCAGCACGAUGGUCCGUCAGGAGUUGCUGGUGCGGAAGUUGCUCUCCUGCCAGGGGUGCAGUUUUCCAGUCAACAGCAGGAGCAGCUUGACAAGGAAGUCGCCGAAGCGCUGCAGCAAGUGUCUAACAUGCACACGACAACAGAGUCGUCCAACCUGGCCUCCCUCCUGUUUGCAAACCUUGCAUCGCCUCCUAUUUUCCAGUCCACGCCAUUUCCAUCAUCCAUGCCCUUCAAUCAGUCCGCGCCGACCACCACCUCUCAUGGAUCAUUCACUCAGCCAGGCGUUGGAAGCACGGAAAAACAUAACCAGGACGUGCUGUCGCGCGGCGGCAACUCUGAAGAGUUCGCUUGGCUUGGUUCACCUCGCCUUACCCCAUCAUCCCAAGGCACGGCAUGCUCGCGGAGCAAUGAACCACCGCCAGUCGGUCGCAUGUGCUUUCCCAGCCGUGCGCAACUGGUGACUUUUGAGUUGGCUCAAGAGUGCAACUGGUGCACGCUCAAUUGCACCAGGCGCAGCCGUCGUGGCAACUUUGUGACUCGCGAACCAAUCACCGUGCCCCCCCUGGAGGCGGAGAGAAAGGCGUAUCCAGCAGUGAGGGGGCGGGCAGCGUGUGAGUAUGUCAACUACAAGGCGAUGGGGCUGUCACUGUGUGUGGAGGACGGGAGGGUGGCGGCCGUGCAUGUGUACAGCAACGUGCAUGGGUACAAAGCUUUCACGGGUUCCCUUCCGUUCGGUCUCAAGGUGAGCAUGAAAGCCAAGGAGGUGGUGGCGACACUUGGGGAACCAGACGUGAAGGCAGGGGGGGGCAGCAGCGGGGCAGUGACGGUGAUUUAUUCGCAGCUGAAGCCGGCACUGCAGCGAGCCAUUGGGCUGCAGUUCGCCACUUGGCUGGAUGACCUGCAGCUGUUCCUUCUGAGCGAUAGCAAGGAGCAUGUGUCGCUCUAUGAUUACGCGUCUGGUGCUGCACCUGCCCCUCCUGCCACAGCUGAGCUUAGUGUUCGUUCCCACUGGCAGACUCGUGACGCAGCUGCUCGCCUAGCCAUUCGCAGUCACCUCCCGCUAGCUGAGCUCGAGCAUUUUGGCGACUGCAAAUCCGCUAAGGCCCUGUACGAUGCUGUCGUUGCUCGCUACUCCUCGCCUGCCACAGCCGAGCUUAGCCGCCUCAUGCUGCCGUACCUGUUCCCUGAGCUGUCCACCUUUGCUACAGUCGCCGAUCUUAUCACCCACCUUCGCACUAGUGAUGCUCGCCUGCGUGCUGCCCUUCCCACCGAGUUCUGCGCUAAGAACCCCCCUCCACUGUACUGGACACUCCACUUCAUAGUCACCCGACUCCCUGACACCCUCAGCUCAGUUCGAGACCACUUCCUUGCUCGCUGUCCCACUGAGCUCACAGUCGCCCUCCUAGAGGAGCAGCUGCUAGCGGCCGAAAAGAGCAUUGUAGCUGUCGGUGCUGCUCGUGGCGCUCCUCGCACCCCCAUCUUUGAGGGGUGUUCUCCCUCUCCCCUCGCUCCCUCCUACGCUACUGCUGCUGCUGUUGACUUCCUUGGUGCUGACUCCCAGCAGCAGCAGCGUCCCCAGACGACCCAGCAGCUUCGUGAGUGGCUUGCUCAGCGUGGGACGUCGGGGGGCAAUGGCCGCUGUUCCUAUGUCAUUCGCACAGGUGACCGCAAGGGACAGACGUGUGGGAGGUUCCACACCCCGUACCGCUGCUUCUCCCGCCUUGACGACGCUUGGCGUGAGGAGAUGGGCGAGGAUGUUGAGCGCCCCCGCUGGGCUGAGCUCAUGAGGGCUGGUGUUGAUAUCUUUGCUCUUGACUAUGAUGCUAUUAUUGCUGCCAUGUAUGCAUUGACUGUUAGUGCCGAGGGAGACUGUUACUUGUGUGUGCCGCCUGACCCAGGUAUAGAGCCCGCUGCCCUGGGUACUAGUGAGUCUGCUCUCUCCGGUAUGGUGCCCCCUGUACUUGCUCCCUCCAGUGCUGUCCCGGCUGUUUGCGAGUCUGCUCUCUCAGGUACAGCACCCACAGAGACUGCUCUCUCAGGUACCGCACCGGCUGAGGCCUGUCACACCUUCACCCUUGACUCAGUCCUUGCCCAGUCCACCACUGUGCUCCCUUGUCCGGCGGUUCCGUCUGGCUCGUUGUCGGGUUUCCACCUCCCCUCGUUCUCGACGAACCUGGUGAGCAACGCUGUCAUCCAGGAUCAGUGGGUUGACACCUUUACCCCUGGAGGACAGCGUGUGGCGAUCUGCACGUGCUCCAGGACCGGCCGUCACCUGGCUACGUUUACCCGUCGGCCGGGGUCGAGUCUCUACACACUGACCACUGCGUCUCCUCAGGUCGCUGCUGUCGGUCAGGUGUCCGCGUCAGGUCUGGUGGCCCACACCUGUGAGUGUCGUUCCCUGUCACACCAGACUCUUCUCUGGCACCACCGCCUGGGUCACCCCUCCUUGCCACGCCUCCGUGGCAUGCACCGUCACCGCCUUGUGUCUGGUCUUCCCAGGUCUCUCCCUCCCCUCCCUGCCUCGCCUGCGCCGCCUUGCCUUCCUUGUGUCGAGGGGCGGCAGCGCGCCGCCCCUCACUCCUCCUCGUUCCCCCCGACAGAGGCUCCUCUGCAGACCCUCCACCUGGACGUGUGGGGCCCAGCCCGCGUUCGUGGCCAGGGCGGUGAGCGGUACUUUUUGCUGGUUGUCGACGACUACUCGCGUUACACCACGGUCUUCCCCUUGCGCACCAAGGGUGAGGUCCCUGCUGUUCUGAUCCCUUGGAUCCGCACAGUUCGUCUCCAGCUCCGCCGCCGUUUCCGGACGGAUCUUCCUGUCCUGCGUCUGCACUCUGACAGAGGUGGUGAGUUUUCCUCCGAUCUCUUGAGGACCUUCUGUCAGGCGGAGGGCAUCGAGCAGACCUUCACGCUUCCGGACUCCCCACAGCAGAAUGGGGUUGCUGAGCGCCGCAUUGGCCUGGUCAUGGAGGUCGCUCGUACCUCCUUGGUCCACGCGGCGGCUCCCCAUUUUCUGUGGCCGUUUGCUGUCCGGUACGCCGCGCAUCAGCUCAACCUCUGGCCCCGUGUCUCCUUGCCGGAGACCUCGCCCACACUGCGUUGGACGGGGGAGGUUGGCGAUGCGUCGCGCUUCCGGGUGUGGGGUGCUCGUGCCCUUGUCCGCGAUACGUCCGCGGACAAGCUCUCCUCCCGCACGCUUCCCUGUGUCUUCCUUGGAUUUGUCCCUGACGCGCCUAGCUGGCAGUUUUACCACCCCACCUCGCGCCGGGUCUUCGCCUCUCAAACGUCACCUUUGACGAGUCGGUCCCUUUUUACCGUCUCUUCCCCUACCGCACUGCCCCCCUCCCUCCCCCGCCGCUUUUCCUUGCUCCUGGUCCCCCUCCGGUAG